AUGACGGUGCGCGGCAGAGUCAUGCAGGAUGUGGAUCCUGAUGAUAUUGAAGCCCGCCCACCGGAAGAGGCCCAGGAGGCCAAGUGGCACUUCCAGACGGGCGAGCAUAUGGGGAAGUGGAGCGGCUUCGAUGAAAGAGGCGUUCCCCACUUGAACGCAAAGGGCAAGAAGCUCACCAAGCAGGAGAAGGAGCUGGUGGAAACAGAGUACCUCGAAGCCAAGAAGGCCUACCAGCAACAGCUCAAGGCAAAAGAGCAAUGGGAAAGAGCACUGGAGGAUGCAGAGCAAGCAUUGCGCGACAAAGAUCGAGUUCGAUGGGCUUACAGGGCAGCAGGCCCAAGCAGACACGCCCUCCUGCACAUUGAGGAUCUGGAGGACUUUGUGAAGAAGAUGGGCUGGGAAGCUCUCAGACACAAAGACAUGGAAACACUUCAGUCUGUGGCUGCGAGACGGGGAGCCGAUGCGGAAGAACUUCUUCUCGAGGAUGUGCGGCAGUUCAUCAGCGAGGAGAUGGCAUCUAAGUUUCUGGACAACCGGCUGGACUAUUUCUUCAGCACAAAGACCCUUGAAGACGUCCAUUCCCCACGCACAUGGCGUCGGAAACUGGACCAGGAUAUGUUGGCCCAGGUGGCUGAGCAGCAAUCAAACUCCAGCGGCUCAGGUGAGACCGUCCUCGAUCCGUAUGGUGGCAUCUUACCAUACGAGGACACGGAGAGCACGAAGUGGUAUGGUGCUGUCGAGGACACCAAUACCCUCAUCAAGGAGGAACUCACCCCUGAAAGUUUCGAUGGAUUUCAAUGGAUCCCCGCCACACAAUGCGAGGUCACAUGGGAUGUAUUGCAAGUGCCGGAGAGAUCGGAUCCGAAGAAAGUGCUGGUCUGGGCCAAGGUAGGAGAGGAGCAGAGCCAGGGAUUUGGCAACGACCUGAUUCUUUGGGAGGCUCCAGACAAGGAGGGGCUGAUAGCAUCCUGGAGGGAGAUGCAAAGUUUCGCCAAAGGUUGUGCUGCCUUUGGAAAGUUUGCAAAGAUCAACAAGCUAGUUAGAGGCACCGGUGAAAGCAUCAGCGACCCAGCGAAAGGUGCCGCGGAGGCGGGGAGAGUUAGCCCAGUGGCGGAAGAAGCUGCGACUCCGUGCGAGGAGCUAUCUUACGGCCCUGCGGUGAUUGAG